GGCGAGGAGGAGCCAGGCGCGUACCGCGGCGGGCGCGUGGGGCUGCGGCGGCCGCGGCUCCGCUUGCGUGGGGACCGGUCUGCAGCGGCUUGUCCACCCUGCAACCCCCAUGGACUGCCGCCCGCCGCCGUCACCGCUGCCACCUAGGGCAAGGCAGGGAUAAGCACAGGACCACUCAGUCACCAUGUCUGGGGACUACGAGGAUGACCUGUGCCGGCGGGCCCUCAUCCUAGUCUCUGACCUCUGUGCACGGGUCCGAGACACGGAUACCAAUGACAGGUGCCAAGAGUUCAACGAACUGCGAAUCCGAGGCUAUCCCCGGGGUCCAGACGCAGACAUUUCCGUCAGCCUGCUGUCAGUCAUCGUCACUUUCUGUGGUAUCGUCCUCCUGAGUGUCUCUCUAUUCGUGUCCUGGAAGUUGUGCUGGGUGCCCUGGAGGGACAAAGGCGCCUCGGCAGUGGGCGGUGGCCCCCUACGUAAAGACCUAGCCCCCGGGGUUGGGCUGGCCGGCCUGGUAGGAGGCGGUGGGCAUCACCUGGGGGCCGGCCUGAGUGGCCAUCCUCUGCUGGGCGGCCCACACCACCAUGCGCACACGGCCCACCAUCCGCCCUUCGCGGAGCUGCUGGAACCAGGCGGGCUUGGGGCCUCUGAGCUUCCAGAACCUUCCUACCUAGACAUGGACUCCUAUCCAGAGGCUGCCGCAGCUGUUGUGGUAGCUGGUGGGGUUAAACCCAGUCAGACGUCGCCUGAGCUGCCCUCCGAGGGUGGGGCAGGCUCGGGGCUACUGCUGUUGCCUCCCAGUAGUGGGGGCUUGCCCAGCGCACAGUCCCAUCAGCAGGUGACAAGCCUAGCACCCACCACCAGGUACCCUGCCCUGCCCAGGCCCCUCACCCAGCAGACCCUGACCACCCAAGCAGACCCAAGCAGUGAGGAGCGGCCACCCACCCUGCCCUUACCCCUGCCAGGCGGUGAGGAAAAAGCCAAGCUCAUCGGGCAGAUCAAGCCAGAGUUGUACCAGGGCACGGGACCUGGAGGCCGGAGGGGUGGCGGGGGCUCGGGGGAUACCGGGGCUCCCUGCGGCCGUAUCAGCUUUGCCCUGCGGUACCUCUACGGCUCCGACCAGCUCGUGGUGCGGAUCCUGCAGGCCCUGGACCUCCCUGCAAAGGACUCCAAUGGGUUCUCAGACCCUUAUGUCAAGAUCUACCUGCUGCCUGACCGGAAGAAGAAAUUCCAGACCAAGGUGCACAGAAAGACGCUAAACCCAGUCUUCAAUGAGACGUUCCAGUUCUCCGUGCCCCUGGCCGAGCUGGCCCAGCGCAAGCUGCACUUCAGUGUGUACGACUUCGACCGCUUCUCACGGCAUGACCUCAUCGGCCAGGUGGUCCUGGACAACCUGCUGGAGCUGGCUGAGCAGCCCCCUGAUCGCCCACUGUGGAGGGAUAUCGUGGAGGGUGGCUCGGAAAAAGCGGAUCUUGGGGAGCUCAAUUUCUCACUUUGCUACCUCCCCACGGCCGGGCGCCUCACCGUGACCAUCAUCAAAGCCUCUAACCUCAAAGCGAUGGACCUCACGGGCUUCUCAGAUCCCUAUGUUAAGGCCUCUCUGAUCAGCGAAGGGCGGCGUUUGAAGAAGAGGAAGACAUCCAUCAAGAAGAACACACUGAACCCCACGUACAAUGAAGCCCUGGUGUUCGAUGUGGCCCCCGAGAGCGUGGAAAACGUGGGGCUCAGCAUCGCCGUGGUGGACUACGACUGCAUCGGCCACAACGAGGUGAUCGGUGUGUGCCGCGUGGGCCCCGAGGCUGCUGACCCACAUGGCCGGGAGCACUGGGCGGAGAUGUUGGCCAACCCCCGAAAGCCCGUGGAGCACUGGCACCAGCUGGUGGAGGAGAGGACUCUGACCAGCUUCACAAAAGGCAGCAAAGGACUGUCAGAGAAAGAGAACUCAGAGUGAGGGGUCUGGCCUAGGCCUGGCAUUGGACCAGGUGCCCUCAGGACCCCAUCCCUUCCUGCCUGGACUGUGAACUCAUCUCCUCGAAGCCAUAACAUCUGAGCUGCCGGUGCAGGGCAGCCUGGGCCUGGGCCUCUGUGUCCUGGAGGUGUGAGGCUGGGAGGCCACAGGCCCAGCUCUGUUUCAGGGUGGGAGGGCCUCAGCCUCUGAUGUCUGUCUUCUCUUCUCCGGGGUUCCCCCUUGAGGCAAAGGGCCAUGCAUGUCUGGGGGACCCCUACCCCCACCCUUCUGUCUGUCUGUCUGUCUGACUGUUCUUUGCUAUUGUCUGAGUCCUGCUGUCUUGGCCCAUGUCCUUACUGUGAAUGUCGAAGACCAAUCCUUGAUGUCCCGCCAAACAGACACACCCCCCAGCAUCCACCCCUUCUGUCCCCCUAAUCUGAGUCUGGCCUAUCCCCUGCUGCUGCUGUCAACGCCAGAAUAAACACGCUCUGUGGGUCUCCCUCCA